AUGAUCUGUUUGUUGGCUGUUGCGGGUUUUCUGGAGAGCAUUGGAUGCUUGGUCAGCAAGAGCAUCCGCUGCCUCUUUCUCCUGAUUUCCAUUCAAUUCUUCGGGAAGGCAGGAAGAGGUGCCGUGAAGACUCUUCUCUUUGGCCUCGUCAUUACUGGUCCUCUGAGGAAUCUUUCGAAGAAUGCCCUGGAAAUCAAUCGAGUCUUUAUCUGUUCAUCCGAAUUGGCAUACAAUUUGUCCAAAACUCAUCUUGAUCUCAUGAUUCUUCCCUUCCGGACUGCCCUCGAAGAGCUUCAGAAUGUUUCCCAAGUUCGAGAAUCUUUUGGGAUUGUUGAUGAUGUUGUUGAUGCUCUUCAGAAGGAAAUUGAGCAGGAAGAUGAUGUUGCAGAGUCCUUCAAUGGAAGUUCAGCAAAUCCUGCUGCAGUAACUUCCACGAAUUCUCCUAUAGAAAGUUUAAAAGAUGCUUCUCAACCACGAACAGAUCCCAAGACAAUUACAGAGAAUUACUACAGGAAGCUGAGCAAGAGAUGCCAGGAACAGCUUAAAAGCGGACAAGAGGAUUGUGCGGAGAUCUUUGGAUCCCUCUAUGAUGUCUGCAAUGAGAAAUUCCCAGGAUUCUUGGCAAUGCAGCUCUGUUGGAUGAUGGACAUUGAGAGUCUCUGCUAUUCUAAAAUGAAUAUCAGCACAGAAGGACUGUGUACUCCUGCAGAUAUCCUUGAUGAUUCCUUUGGUGAGACUUACCUGGAGCUGCUGAAGGAGAGGGAUGAAUUAAUGGAGGAAAUUGAGAGUGUUGAGAUCAACUUUAGCUACAAUGAAUCGGAUUUUAUUGACAAGAUCAAGCCUGAGGAGAUCAAGUCUUAUCAAGGAGAUUUGGAGAGUAUUUUUGAGAAGAAGAAGUACAUCCUGGAUUAUCUGCUGAACCUAACAAACAUCCUGAUUGCCUUCACGUAUAUUAAAAUCAUUAUAAGAUCUGUCUUCUACAUCUCAUCCUUUCUGAUGGAGCUGGAUUUUGAGAAUAUCUACGUUACUUCCUUCUUCCGGGAAAUUGACCAAAAACGAGCACAACGUGGGGAGAGAUCAAUUCUGCCACUUAAGAAGAUCGAAAGAAUUUCUCUCGUUGAAGAUCCUCUAAAAAAGCGCCGCAUCCAGAAUGACUAUCGAGAUCUCAUCUAUCAUCUCUUGAAGUUCCUCCUGGAAUUAAUGGCUGUGACUGUUUUCAUCCUCCUCGAUUGGCUUCUUGUGGUUGCCCUGGAAGUUGUGGCGAAGAAUGGUAAGAUGGAUUUCACCCAGAAAGGAGAAGUUGAGGUCAAUGUCACCAUAUUCGGUGAAGGAAUGAUGGCAUCCGUUGUUGAGAGCAUAAUUUCCGGUUUGAGCGUCAAUAGGACUGUUGAAAAAUUCGAAGACAACCAGGAAUGCCUCCCAGUGCCCUCAAAAUUGUCCACAAUGUGGUUCAUAAAGAUUUAUGGACUCUUCCUGGGCAUCCUGAUUAUGAUUUACAAUGAAUCCUACACAAAUCGCCUCCUCUUCUUCAUUUGUGCCUUUCACUACCCAAAGAGGCAGCACGAGAGGAGCUUAUUUCUCUACAAUAAAAUCCUCCAAAGUCGCCGAGAUUACUUCCGGCACAUGAAGACCAUACUCGAGCGGGAAGUUCAGGAAGAUGAUGCAGAAAUCGAGAUUCCUUGCAAGAAACUCUGUGAUUUGUGGAAGAAGAUUUUCCCUUCAUCCCGAAUCUGUCGAAUUUGUCAGGAUGUUGAUGAAAGGAAGUCGGACUGGGCUACAACAAGAUAUUACCAGAAACACCAUCAGGAUUUUGUGGAAUGUUCAAAUGAGGAUUGUCUUGCGGUAUAUUGCCGGGAAUGCUGGGGGGAUCUCGAGGAGAUUUGUGUUCUUUGCUCUGGAAUUGAUACCGGAAGUGUACAAUAG